AUGGAAAUGUCGGAGGAAAACUUGUUUCCCUCGAAGGCCAAUGCAGAUGACGACUCUCACAAUGAUCAAGAAACCGAAAAAGAAAUUCUUGAAUCCAUUGCACAAGAAGAUGAAAACCUGGCUUCAAAUGAUCUGAAUCAUUCAAGAAAGAAAGCUUUGCUUGAAUUUCGAUGCAGAGUGGAAGAUGCAAUUCUCAGCAAUUAUCUUCUAGGGAAAAGCCAUGGAAAAUCCUUUUCAAGAGGAAAUUAUAGGGCGAAAGAAAAUCUAAGAGACAUUACUCUCUGGGGCAUUCCUCUAUUGCCAAGCAAUGGCCAUGAAGGCACUGAUGUUGUUCUAAUGAAAUUCUUGAAAGCAAAAGAUUUCAAGGUCUCGGAUGCGUUCCAUAUGCUCAGGAAGACACUGGAAUGGCGAAUGGAAAUCAAUGCAGAGGGAAUUCAUGAGGAAAACUUCGGUCCUGAUCUUGAAAACAUGGGGUACAUGAAUGGCGUGGACAAGCGAGGCCGACCGGUGGGUUACAAUGUAUAUUGGUCUAUCAAUGACAAGGAAGUGAUCAAGAAAAGGUUUGAGAGGAAAGAGAAAUCUAAGGAGUAUUUGAAGUGGAAGGUGCAAUUCAUGGAAAAUGGUAUUCAAAAGCUCAGUUUCAAACCUGGUGGGGUGGACUCUAUGAUUCAGAUUACAGAUUUGAAGAACACACCUGGUCCUGGACCGGCCAUGAGGGAAAUACUUUGUGUUAGCAAGAAAACUAUGUUGCUGCUUCAUGAAAAUUAUCCAGGACUCGUCUUCAGGAAUAUAAUUGUAAACGUUCCGCUAUGGUUUUUGGCAUUCCAUGUGCUGCAUUCAAUGUUCAUAAAUCAAAGAAACAAAAGCAAGUUCAUCUUUGCCCGGCCAUCAAAAGUUAUUGAGACCCUUCUCAAGUAUAUAUCUCCAGAAAACAUACCAGUCCAAUAUGGUGGUCUCAAAAUUGAGAACGAUGUUGACUUUUCUCCAGAUGACAAAGUUUUAGAGUUCAAUGUCAAAGGAGGUGGAAUUGAAAACAUUCAAAUUCCUAUGGCUGAGGUGGGCGUGACAGUGGUUUGGGACGUGACAGUGGUCGGAUAUGAGGUGAGUUACAAGGAUGAAUUUGUCCCCGACGACGAUUGUUCAUACAAGAUCUUGCUUCACAAUGAAAAGAAAAUGGGAGAGACUGUCAGAAAUUCAUUUCACAUAAGAGAACCUGGGAAGAUAGUGAUAACCAUUGUGAAUAGAACGUUUAAGAAGAAAAGGGUUUUCAUGAGAUAUAAAAGUAAACCCACUGUACCCUUGUACAACUUCUCGAGCAGAUGA